GGAAAGUAAACCGGAUCGAAGUGGACGUGUUCAUUGACAGAGAUCUGGUUAGAACGCCAUGUAAUCCAUUAGAUACCACCGGCAAAACUCAUGUCAUUAACAGGAUACCAUGGAGGGUUGCAUGCAGGAGCUGUGAAAGGCUCACUCGGGCUGGAUGGGCUGAACGGCCAGCCGGCGUUGUGACCUGUUGGUUGUGUUCCCUUCCCCUGGCCCUGGCAGUAAACGUGGUGGAGGCCCUGCAGGAGUUCUGGCAGAUGAAGCACAGCCGCGGGGCGGAGCUGAGGAACGGCGCCCUGGUGGUGUACGAGAUGGUGCCCUCCAGCAGCCCCCCAUACGUCUGCUACGUUACCCUGCCAGGGGGCAGCUGCUUCGGCAGUUUCCAGCUGUGCCCAACCAAGGCAGAGGGCAGACGCAGUGCGGCCAAGAUUGCACUGAUGAACUCUGUCUUCAACGAGCACCCCUCCCGCAGGAUCAACGACAGCUUCAUCGAGAAGAGUGUGUCCGAGGCGCUGGCAUCCUUCAAAGGGAACAAGGAGGAGACUGACAUGACGAAUACAGGCAUUGGCGCCUUCCGCUUCAUGCUGGAGUCGAACCGAGGGAAAUCCAUGCUGGAAUUUCAGGAGCUGAUGACUGUGUUUCAACUCCUGCAUUGGAAUGGCAGCCUAAAGGCCAUGAGGGAACGCCAGUGCUCUCGCCAGGUAACUCCUCCCUGUGCCACUCUGGAGCUGGCACUGCUCGUAUUUACCUGAUUGCCCAGGCGAUGC